AUGUACGUGUGCCAUCAUUUUCGUGAUCGCACAUACGAUUAUGUGUGCAAUUAUGUACAUAAUCAUGUGUACCAUCAUCUGCACGAUUAUGUGUACCAUCAUGUGCACGUUCAUCUUUAUCAUCACCUGCACGAUCAUGUAUACCAUCAAGUGCACGAUCAUGUGUACCGUCAUGUGCACGUUCAUCUUUAUCAUCACCUGCACGAUCAUGUAUACCAUCAAGUGCACGAUCAUGUGUACCGUCAUGUGCACGUUCAUCUUUAUCAUCACCUGCACGAUCAUGUAUACCAUCAAGUGCACGAUCAUGUGUACCGUCAUGUGCACGACCACGUGUACACACAUGUGUAUGAUCAUGUGUACCAUCAUGAGCACGAUCAUGAGCGUGAUUAUGUGCACGACCAUGUGUACCAUCAUCUGCACGAUUAUGAGUGCCAUCAUGUGUACCAUCAUGUGCACGACCAUGUGCGUGUUCAUAUGCACAACCAUGUGUACCAUCAUUUGCAUGAACAUGCGUACCAUCAUCUGCCCCAUCAUGUGUACCGCCAUCUGCUCCAUCAUGUGUACCAUCAUGUGUACCGUCAUGUGCACCAUCAUGUGUACCAUCAUGUGCACGACUAUGUGUACCAUCAUGUGUACAAUUAUUUGUACAUUCAUGUGCGUAAUCAUGUGUACCAUCAUCUGCACGGUCAUAUGUACGAUUGGACGUAUUUGUGCGAUCAUUUUGGUGAUCGCAUAUACGGCUAUGUGCGUAAUCAUGUGUACCAUUAUGUGCACGAUCACGUGUACCAUUAUGUGCACGAUCAAGUGUACCAUCAACUGCACGAUGACGUGUACCAUCAUACGCACGAUCGUAUGUACCAUCAUGUGCACGAUCAGGUGUACCAUUAUGUGCACCACCACAUGUACCAUCAUGUUCACGAUCACACUUCAGUUAUUCUGUUGCUCUCAUUCAGAUUUAGCCUUUCUAAUCAUGUGGCUACAUUUGACACGUGA